AUGAAUUUGAUUGAUAUUAACAUUUACGAAGAUUAUCUGUAUAUCCUUGAUCAUGAAAAUGGAGUCAAGAGAUUGCGUUUAAAUGAGAUUGAAAUAGAUGUGGAUUUCUAUAUUAAUUAACCAGGUUGUUCAAUAAUUUCUAUUGAAAAAGAAUCAAUUAUUUUAGUAUAGCAUAACCAAUAAAGAUCUAUAAUCUUUGAAGGAAUAAUCAAUGGCAAUAGCUGGAUUCUAUUGUAAACUAAAUAAACAAUGAAAAAGUCAAUCAAAAAUGUUAAAUAAUUGAGAGAUUAUGCAAUACUACUAAGUAAUCCAAUCAAUAAUAUUCAUCGAAAAUAUAUGAUAGACUCUAUAGCAAAUAAAAUGAUGUUGGAAGGUAACGAUUUUUAUUAAAUGGAUUUUCUUGGAAUAGAAAGCAUAGACACAAAUUAUUUAGUCGGAAUCUUUAAAUAUGGAGUGGCUUUAUAUUAUACUAUAGAGUUGCCAAGCUCCAUAGUUUGCUACGCCCAAACUCCAUAGAUGAGUAAAAUGUAAAUGAUUAGUACUGAAUGCCCUAAUAAGAAUUAAUAGAACUUAUUGAAUUAUUGUUCAUCAAAUCUUGAAUAUAUAUUUGAUGUUAGGGGGGCUUUAAUGAAUGAAUUUUAAGAAAGAAUAUUUAUAUAUUUAUGUAUAGGAGCUAGUGUGAUUGUCACAAUCUUGGUGGUUUCAAUUAUAUCUAUUGUAAGAAGAUACCAAUUGAGAAAAGAAUAAAUCAAUUACCUGAAACGAAGAGGAAGAAGAUCUAAAUGA